CUAUUUUUGGAUGACUCGAAUUUGGUGUCAGAGGUCAAAUUAAAUCUGCCGCCAUUUUUUGACCCAAACAAAGAAGUCGCCAGGGGGGCCACGUGAAGGUUCUAACUGUGUGUUGCAGCCAGUAUGGCUCAGGGGUCCAACACCACCGGCGGUGGCUUUGACUUUGGCCAUGGUCACGGUACAGCAGUUGCCAUGGCAACGACAGUUGGAGGGUUGCUGAUCAUUGGCCUCCUAUUGAGGAAGGUCUUCAGAGCUCCCCCUAGUGAUGUAGAGGUGAACUGCUGGUUCUGUCAGACAGACUGCACAGUUCCUAACGGCAACCAGAACUGCUGGGACUGUCCUCACUGCGACCAGUACAACGGCUUUCAGGAGGACGGUGACUACAACAAGCCCAUCCCAGCCCAGUUCCACGAGGAGCUGAACUAUGCCCAGGUGUCGGCUGUCCCUGCACCUGAUGCCACACCUGCGCGCACCUGGAACAUCCUGUGCCCCAGCUGCAACAGGAAACAGGUGCUCAAGGUGCAGCAGCUGGCUGAGUUCGUGCCCACAGACGAGGCUACCUAUGAUGAGGAAGUAGAGGCCUACAGCUGGCAUCUGGAGCAGCUGCACCAGGUGUGUGGGCCCUGCCAGGUGGCUGUCGGCUGCCACCUGCGCAGACAGGACCAAACUAUCCUGGCUGACUUCAUGGGGGGGCGUCUGCGGAGAUUCCAUCCCCGCAACUAUGCUGGGGCUCUGCUGACUGUGAAGACCCCAGCACACAUCACCAUACUGAGACUGGUAGCAGCCACAGUGGCAGCCCUGCUACUGCUGCUGAACCUUCUCAGGAGUAAAACAUUACCAGCAAACCUGCAGGAGAAACUACCGGACAUCCUGCGUGAUUUUGCAGAGACAGACUCUGUGUACACUGUGGUGUUUGUGGGCCUGUUUGUCAAACUUACUGCUGUGUUACUGGCAGGCAAGGACAGGUUAAGAAGCAGAGAUGCGCUGUGUGUGUUGCUGUGGCUGCUGACCCUGGUGGUACACAUCCCCUGGGGUGUGGGGAAACUUGCCCCAGGGGUGGGGAUGGUACCCCCCGUGGCCCAGACGUGGAGCUAUGUAGCCAUCAGAUUCACUUUAACACUUAAAAUCACCAUUUCUUCCAGACCCUUGUCUCCAUGGGGAAGUGAUGCAUCCUAUCUAAGUGGGUCUCCUCCAAGUGUUUCUUCCACACUCAGCACCUCAGCCUACUCCACACCCAGGCCUCGGUCACCUCUUCACAGUGUCCGCCAAAACCCCAACAGAGCCCCAGACAGCUUCGAUACCCUGUCUAUAGGGAAGCACAGUGUCGGCCAAACCCCCAACAGACCCCCUGUGCCCGACAACUUUGAUACUCUCUCUAUAGGGAAGCACAGCUGUAGAAGUUCAUACAGUCACUCAGGACCAUUUGGUUUCUCCCACGACUCGCCAGCUUCCCUGUUCUCAGGCUCCAGAAAAACCUCGCCACAGUUUACAAACAGUCCGCCACGACUCGACACAACGUUGCCAGAAACUAGCAGAACUUCGCUACAAUUCGAUACAGGCUUUGGUGGCGUUACGCAAUCAGGGAGAAACUCGCCACAGCUUGACUCAACUGUGACGAGAAGUUUGCCACUUUUUGAUACAACGUUGCAACCGCAGUUUGGUAAGAGUCCGCAAUUCGGGAGGAACUCGCCACAAUUUGGCGUUCCGACGAGCUGGGUUCGCUACAGAUCUCAACGACCAAUCAUCAGCCCGGCAAAGUUCCAACCACCGUCGCGGCGCGCCCGACAGAGCCCAUCGCGCGAGCUGAUUGGUGUAAAGUCGCUCAGUAUCCAUGACGAUGGAGAAAUCAGGAGGAGACCUCGUCAGCUGUUCUCGGACGGGGACCAACCACUAACAACCGCACUGGAGCAGGAAGCCGAUGCCCAAUAUGAGACGUCGUCUGCGUACGGCAGCGCGAGCGUUUCUGGUAGCGAUGCCGGCAGCAGCGAUGGCGGGAACACGACAUCGUCCUGCCGCGUACACAGCACGACCUCUGACCCCGCGGAGAACCUCUGGCGACCUGUUACGCAGACGGAGAAACCUUCAAGAGGUGCAGCUGGAAGCUCCUUCCUAUGGAAAUGGUUGUUUGGCCUGAGUGUGGGCUGUAACACAGUACUGGUGGCUUAUGUCGUCAUGCAGUUUUUGUCAAACUAUCAGUCAUAAAAAAGUGUGUCCGAAAAGAAGAACAGUUUUUGUUGACCUAUCAGAUGUACAUUGCAUGUGAGAGAAACAAAAUGUACCAUAUAUUUUGUUGCAUUUUUUUUUACAAGAGUUCUUACUUUUAUGAACAAAUAUCUGAACAAAAUUACUGAUAUUUUCCUACAUCUACAACCUCAAUGUGCCUGGCAGAACGUGUUGGAAAGAUUUGGGUCAGGAUUUCUGAUAAGAGCAAACAUGAAAAUUGUGACUUUCUUUGUUGAAAGCUGCAUUUAGCAGUUAGAUCACUGCAGAAUCAUCCAAGAUGUGAAAUGUGGCAAGAUGUGAAAUGGCAUCUUGGGGAACCAGUUAUAUCUCUCCACAAUUUACCGUAUCAGAAUUAUUUGUAUCAAACUGUAUGGUAUAGUGCAGUACUGACAUGCAUAGAUAGGGGGCGUCCAAGAUUGUGAUCUGCGACUUACUAGUACUUAUUUCUUAGCCUCUACCAGAAACCGCGGAUCGCUGGAAAAAUAGUAGAAAUCGGCCGAAAUAAAGGAAUAAUAUACCA